UGGUGAUUAGAUUUAAAUGUGUAAAAAAAAAUUUCUCAGCAUAUGAUGAUGCUUGUCGGCUGGUGACAGGUUACGGCGGAAAGUCGUACAGUUGGGAAAGACCCGCCCUUCUCAAAGAUAAGUUCAGCCUUUUUCGCGGAUAGUGGCAAAACCUGUGCUGUGGCUUUAGAGAAUGGCGUUCAGAAUGAAAGCAGUAAAGAACAUUUUCCCGAAGGUACCGACGGAAAUUGCUGCCUUUAUUUUUGUAAUCUGCAUAAUACCAACUAUAUAUUUCUUUGAACUGUUUGUGGUUGUUCCGUCAUUUUAUCCCGUAUGGUCGGUAUGGUAUACUGUACACUUCACAUGUGGCACAUUUCUUAUGUGUAACAUAACAAGUAACUUCGUAGCCAUCGUCUGCACAAAUACAAGUGUCAAGGGACUCUUGUUACAAUCCAAGUUACAACCCAAGUGGCAUUUCUGCUCAGUUUGUGAAUCGGUUUCACCUCCUAGAUCUUGGCAUUGUGAUACCUGUAGUACGUGCAUUAUUAGACGAGAUCAUCAUUGUAUGUUUACUGGGUGUUGUAUUGGACAUUAUAAUUACAGAUUUUUUUUGGCGUUUGCGAUUCAUUUGUUUAUAGCCACAGCAUAUGCUACUUAUUUUAACGGCUAUUUUAUGUGGGAUAGGAUUAAUUUUCAAACACCCAUGGCACUACUGAAGAUAGUUUUCCCCUUGGCGAUGGUGGCGUUUGGAAUUGAUGUAUCAGAAACUCAGUUGUAUUUAAUACUUUUCUUAAUUACCAUAAUGGGCAUGCUCUUUAUGGUGGCUUUAUUAAUUUUUCAUACAAACUUAAUAUGGCAUGGAACAACUACUUAUGAGAAAAACCACAAAAUAAGAGAUUAUGAUUUAGGUUGGAGACAGAACUUCAAAGAUGUGUUUGGAGAAAACUGGUUUUUGGCAUGUUUUUUGCCAUUUGCCCAGUUAAAAUUACCUGGUGAUGGCAUUACUUGGAAUACCAGUGAUGUGUGGCAGAUGGAAGGACCAAAAAACAGAUGACAUUUUUAAGCACAUGCUUUAGAUAUUGUUUCUUUCACCAACUCAAUCUUUAUGAUUUGUGUGUGGAAUUAUAAGUGUUAUACAGAGUAUUUAUAUUUGUGAAUCAGUUGUAAGUUUCGCUGUACAAUCUAAUGAAGACAUGUUACUUCCAGAUAUUUGAUAUGACAAAGUUUCUAAUUUUGAUAUUAUAACAACAAAGCAAACAACUUGAGCAUUUAAAUAUAAUCUAGCGGCAAAAAAUAAAUUUUCAGUGGGAAGCAUAGUUUUGGUAACUCGUGAUUAUAAUCCAGAAUUUUGUAAGGUGAAGUAUGUGACUUGAGAACAAAGUGACCAGAAUUUAUGUAUUUCUCUGACUGCAGUUUUUAAAAUCAUUCUUAUCUAGUGUAAUUUCAUUUUUGAAUAAGGCACAUCAAAGUAUUGUUGUUUCAAUGUUUGUUUUAUGUAAAAAUGAGGGCUCAAUACAUUAGAAACAUUUCUUCCUCCAUUCUUGUGUUUUGCAGCACAGUAGAUAGAUAUGUUCAGUUAUGUUGCAACAGACAGUAUUAUUAUCCAUCUAGUCUAACCAUGAAUUGCAUCUCAUAUAUUGGAAAUAUUAUUGAUCCCUACCACACACUAACACCUAUAUAGCAUGUCAAUAACAAUCCAAAAAUAUGAAAUUAGGCAGUGUAACAUAACCUUACCUAACAAUGAUUUAAAACUGAGUAAAGUAAAAUAAACUAAACUAAACAAAAUCAAAUCAAAAUAUGGCUAAUCUAAUACUGACUAGAAAUGGUAUGAUAAUGGGUGAUUUUGUCAUCGACUACUAUCAUACAGAAUAACACUGCAAUGUAGGACUUGCAUGACAGGCAGUGUCAUCAAACUGGAAUGGGAAAUUGAUGUGGAGACCAAUUACUGCCUCUACAAAUAGCAUGUAACAGGACUUACAGAAUGAUAAAGAGGAACAUGUACAACAUACCUUCAAAAUCUGAAGAGGCUGGCAUUUUUGGAAUGACCAGAUAAUUACAGCAUUCAUAAGGGGAAAAUUAAGACUCUUCAUCUAGUAUUAGGAUAAUUAAAUCACGGAUCAGAUAAGCAGAACAUAUAGUCCAUAGGUGAACCAAGAAAUACAACAUUUUGGUUAGAAAGCCUUGAGUUAAUCAUGUUAGGGACCCAUGUAUAGUUGAGAGAAUAAUAUUAAAGUGGAUAUUACAUAAUGAAGUUGUUAACUGGCUCAGGAUAUAAACUAAAGGCAAUAUUUUGGGAACAUGGGGUUCCAUAAUGGAAUUUGUUGAGCAGCUGAAUAACUAUUAGUGAAUAAAAGUACAGGUCACUUGAGAUAAAUGAGUUGGUAAUGGCCAUCAUCUGAGAUAAAGUGACAUGCAUUAAAGCAUGUUUUAAAUUUGAUACAGCAAGUUCCUUUCAGGGAGGACAUAUUUUAUUUUGUCUGUAUUAGCAGUGAACUUGUCAGAGCUUUUAAUUCAGUAAUGUAAACAAUAAUGAACAAAUUAAACGUUGGCAGAAUAAAUGUUGUUUGAAGGUCUUAAUUAUGAGUAAUAGAAGUAAAAUUGUAUCAGUUUAGAAUGUCCAUAGUUUAUUAUUUAUUCAUAAAUAUAGUGGUUUGAUCCUGUGAAUUGAUUGUUGCACGUUUAAAAUUGAGUUUUAUAUGACAUCACAUUUUGUGUUGCAUACUACUACUUUGCUUACUAUCAACUAAUUUUUUGUCUGGCACUUGCUGCUGUUUUCUUUGUGUGUAACAGGUUUCUGAACAGUGUUAUAUGUCAAAAAUGCAGGCUACAGUAUUUAACAUGUACAGUAAAGAAACUGUAUUGUAAAAAUGUAAUUGUCUUUUUAACAAUGAAUUCAUGUUUUGUGAGCAUAAGAGUCCUGUAAUAUGUUAUGGUCCAUAAGACAAGCAGUUGUUCAAGUUUUGGUGUGGCUAGAAGCUGGAACCUGUGCAGGGUCUUUCAUAUGCAUUUAUUUAUGUACUACUAUUUUGUCUGUUAUAUCUGUUCAAACUGUGAACAAUAAUAUUGACAUCAAAAGAGUUUUAGAAAAAAGGGGAAAUAAAGAAGGACAGGAUUGUAAUAAAUAAUUUGUGGACCUAUCAUGUAAUUUUAUUUUUAUUGAUUCACUGGAUUAUGAAAUAAAUAUGUGAAACUUCCAUACUUUAAACAGA